ACAACGUUCUGAAUAGUAUCAAACCAUUCGUAUGAAAUCAACGAACGGCACAAGUCAAUUUCUAAACCUAGUGUAGCUGGUUUACCUACAUUAUCUAGUUGCAAAACCAGACUUCUCAUCGUAUUCUUAGUGAAAACGUCCGACAUUGUCCUAAAUGAGACAUCAUGAAGAUAUUCUACAUAUGCGCGAUAUUAACAACCCUACAAUUUAAGGUAUUCUGUCAGGUACAAGAUAUGCUGGUGGCUUCGAUAGAAAAAAAUCUACAGGAUGAAGACAGCGUGAGGACAUUUAUCAACAACAUUCAUGACGUGGUCCGAAAGUACAGCAAGGUCUACGACAAUAUCGACAAGGAUUAUUGGGCCAGUACUGAAGAUUGGAUACCCAGAUUCGAAUUGAGAACGAGCUACGACUUCAUCAUCGUCGGCAGCGGAUCAGCAGGUUCUGUAAUUGCUAAUCGCCUCUCUGAGAUACCGCAAUGGAACGUGCUCCUGAUAGAAGCUGGAGAUUAUGAGACCAAUUUCAUGGACCUCCCUCUUGUAGCCCCCCUAUUUCAAUACAGCAAGUACAACUGGGAGUACUACGCGGAGUACCAACCGAACAUGUCCAAGGGGUUGAUGGGUGGAAAGAUGCAUUGGCCCAGAGGAAAAGCGAUUGGGGGAACUACCACAAUCAAUUAUAUGAUAUACACGAGAGGAAAUCCAGUGGAUUAUAACAAUUGGGCUGCUCAAGGAAACCCAGGAUGGUCCUACAAAGAAGUCCUGCCCUAUUUCUUGAAAUCUGAACGUGCCAGACUAGCUGAAAAGGAUCCAAACUUCCACGGCUACAACGGCUAUCUGGGGGUGGAGAACGUGUACAAAUCCAGACUUCUAGACGCCUUCAUCGCUGGCGGCGGGGAACUAGGUCUACCCCAUAUCGACUACAACUCGCCAAAGGUCCCUUUCGGAGUUUCUCGAGUACAGGCCAACGUAAAAUCAGGAAAGAGACAUAGUGCAGCCACUUCGUUCUUAAAACCUGUCAGGGAUCGUCCAAAUCUGCACAUACUGCACCCAGCUUACGUCACAAAAUUGCUCAUCCACAAAACCAAAAAGGAAGUUUACGGAGUAGAAUGCGAAAUAGAAGGAAAACUGUACAAAAUAAAAUCCUCGAAGGAAGUCAUCUUAUCAGCCGGUACCUUCAACUCCCCUCAACUCUUGAUGCUAUCCGGAAUCGGUCCCGCAAACCAUCUCCGUGACCUGGGCAUCAAAGUAGUCCAAGAUCUACCAGUAGGCAGAAACCUCCAAGACCAUCUAACCUUCCCCGGCCUUGCUUUCAUCAUAAACCAAACGGAAUCUCUCGGUCCCGCCAAGAUCUUAGGAGGCGAUGCACUCCAGACCUUCCUCAAAAACGGCACCGGACCUCUGACCAGUCUUGGAGGCGUUGAAGGUAUCGGAUACAUCAAGACUCAGUACGCCACCGAACCAGGUCCUCAACCGGACAUAGAAUUGAUUUUUGUUGGAGGAAGUUUGACAAGCGACUACGGCAUGUUCACCAGGAGAGGCAUGAAGAUAACCAACAAGGUGUACGAUGGUCUUUUACGGCCUCUUCACGGCGUGCCCACCUGGACCGUGUUCCCCAUGUUGCUGCAUCCAAAGUCCGUUGGUUGGAUGAAGUUGGCGUCGAGGAACCCUAAGGACUACCCUAAAUUCUACGGGAACUUCUUCUCGGACCCGAACAACAGGGACAUAAAAACCUUCAUAUCAGCCAUAAGAUUCAUCCAGAAGCUGUCGAAGACAGAGGCUUUCCGCAGGUUUGGAUCUGUACUGAAUCCUAACAGACAACCAGGUUGCAUACAGUUCAAGUUCGACUCUGACGAGUACUGGGAAUGCUGUUUGAGGGCGAUCAGUGUCACCUUACAUCAUCAAGUUGGUACGGCCAAGAUGGGACCAGCAGGUGAUCCCACUAGUGUCGUCGAUCACCAACUCAAAGUACAUGGUGUUGAUAGAUUGAGAGUGGCGGACUGUAGUGUUAUUCCUUUUGCGCUCAGCGCACACACCAACGCACCGUCCUUUAUGGUCGGAGAGAAAGCAGCUGAUAUUAUCAAGGAACAGUGGCUUAAUGUUUCCAAUCAAAGCGAAGAUUCAGACGACACUUCCAACAAAGUUAAAAAACAUGGAUAUAGGCAAUAGACUAGGACAAGUGUAUCAGUAGCCACAAAUGAGUUUGAAGAACUCAUGUUUGGAGAAACUAGUAUCUUACGAUAACUGCCCUGUGAACUUCAGUGUUGUUCUAAAUUUCACUAGCUUUCUGGCUCCGAGAAGCUACCUAUGGUCUUCACGAUCAGGCGACAGAGCCUUCCAACCAGCAUUCAGUUCUCGUACUGCUAAGCGAUAAAGGGUGAAUUGAAUGGUUUGAAAACGGUUUCAGUCUGGAAUUUUUUUUUUUUUUUUGAGGUUCGAAAUGUUUUAAUAAAAAUGACAAAUAUUAGGUAUUAUUGAAAUGUUUAUGGUUUUUUACAUGUAGAUAUGUUCCUCAAAAAACAAUAAAAUUUAUCACAUAUUACACAUAGACCUAGAUUUAGGUAUUUUUAAAUUAACAACUUUUCUUUUGACUCUGUGUGGAAAUCGCUUAAUCAAUUCUUUCAAUUUUUGAAAGAUACCUUAUCAUGCCAGAUUAGAAUAAACUCACAUUUUUUUGUAUUUAUAGUUUCUGUUUUAUAUCAUUUUGAAAAUUGAAAGAUUUUUCAUUCGUAUCCGAAUUAUUUCGAUAAGAAACAUCAAAUUAUUUCAUUAUUGUAUAAUUCAAUUGUCAUUUAUCGCUUUCUUAUUUGAUAAUAUUUCCUUUUAUUGAUAUUCAAAAUUUUUUUUAACUCUUAUUAUAUUAUGUAUUUUUUCAUCAGAAUAUGAAAAUUCGAAAAAUUUUGAAAUUCAUCAAUAAUUGCAAUAAUUGAGAUACCAUUGAAAGACCUUUCAAACUUCAAAGUGAUAUAAAAUUAAAUGUAGCUUGAACCACGCAAAAUUUCAGAACGAGCCUGUAGUUCUUCAAUAUACUCAAAGUUCUAGGACCAAACAACGAUUCUCAUACUCAAUAUUAGUUUUUUGGUUAAAAUAUAUGUAUUCAAACUGUAUACAGUUUGAAUAUAUAUUUUUUUUUAGAUAAUGAAUCUAAAAGAACUAGAACUACUUUGGGGUUAUUUUUUUACAUUCCAUGGGGGCAGUUGAACUGAGGUAACUUGGUUUGGCAUUUGAAUAUUCUUCAAACAGUUUUAUUUUUAGGAAUGAUUUCACAUCCACCAUAUGCCUGUAAUACUGUAAAAUGUCACAAAGGUUUGACUGAAAAUAUUUAUUGUAAAGAUGUAUAAAAUAUAUUUAUUACAUAUAA